AUGGCUCCAAAAUUUACAAUUACCGCGACCAGACCGUACUUCACCCGUGAUACAGAGGAUGUUAUUCUCAUGGUUGAUGGAGAUGGUAUUGCUCAUGGUAAUGUGAGUAUUUGUCUUGAAUCUAUUUCCGAGAAAAACAAUGUUAUGCGGACAAAAGAAGUUAAAGUGAGCUCAAAAAUCGGAGAUGCUCUGAAAAUUGGAAUUCCGAAUGAGUGGCGGAAUGAUGUUAGCGUCAUACGAGUUGUUGCAAAACGGAAGAUCAAAAAUGGCUACAGUAAUGAGACAAUGCUUUACAUUCCAAAUCUCAGCAGCACAACUUUACAAUCUUCUCUUAUCAAUCCAGAGGAAAUAAAGUCGUUCUACAGAGAUGAUGAGAUAAUGAAUAUCCGAGUAGCUAACACGGGAAAAGAGAUGAAUUUUGUGAUAAUUUGCAACUCACACACUGUACACCGCGUUCCGAAUGAUGUCAAAAACAACAUUCUCCGAAUAAAAAUUACCGAUAAAAUGGAGGGAACUUGUAUUCUCACAGCAUUUUCCGCCGAUUUAACUUCGGAUGUUUUUCUGUUCAGAGUACACAACUAUUGUGAGGAUUGUAAAGUGAAAGUAUCAAAGGUUUCGAACGGAAUGAGCAAAGAAUUGAGAAGAAAUGACGCUAUUCAACCUGGAGAUGAGAUGGAAUUAGAAUUUACAGGACACUCAGAAGCCAUCGUUUUUUAUAGAGCCAUGGAUGAACGAUUGAACUACAUUACACUGAAAAAUGAUUACAUGACACACGAGUACCAGGACUAUAUGAUAUUUGGACAACAAUCUUUAGGAGCAAAGAUUCUCAAUCUUGUAAACGAAGAAAAAGUUGACAAAACUAUGAAAGAGGUGUGUACCGCAGCGGGGCACCAACUUCGUUUCAGAUGUGAACAAGGGCAGCGGUCCACUUCUCUCGUCUCCGAGAAAUGCCUGAAGCAUGUUCUGAAAAGCUGUUAUAAAAAUUCAUCAGCUACUGUACUUCCUAUCAUGAACCCAUACAUAGAAAGGAAGGUGCCAGUUCUCGCUUCAAGUGCAAACUGGUUAGGAAGCCUCAAUGUUUUCCGUACAAAAACAAAUAAUGCUCCUCAUGCACUCUUCGUCAAACCUGAAUUCCACGACACUGGAGUGAUAGUCCAAAAGCCCAAAAUCCGGCAGCACUUCCCGGAGACUUGGCUUUUUGACGCAAUUGUACUUGAACGAAAUGGGACAAAAAAGAUUACAGCUACCUCACCUGAUAACGUCGGUCAAUGGGCUUUGAAUAGCGCUUAUUGGUGGCAUGGAAGAGCAUCCUUAUUUCCAGGAGAAACAAAGUACAUUCAGACAAGCAAGCCCAUUUUUUUGGAGGUUGAUAUGCCAAGAAAUGUUUACGUUAAUGAAACUAUCAGUCCACUCCUUACUGUAACUGGAGUUGACUUAGUGAAAUCGAGAGAGACACUUGUCAUCUGUCUGUCAGAACUGCCAAGAAAAGUUUGUGCGGAUCAAGGAGCAAAUGGAAACAAAGGGACGACGUAUUACAUGAAAGUUGAAGUAUCAAGGAGCUCUCCUAUUCAAAGCAAGUACUUGAUGAUGAAAUUUUUAUCUCCAGGUCUUGUUAACAUGACAGUAACAUUGAGAACAGAAAAUUGCGAGACAGGAAAAAUACUCGAUGCUGUAAGGAAGCAAGUUGAGAUCCAGAAACGAGCAGACACCGAAGAAUAUUAUGAGAGACACAUUCUAAAUCCUAGCAAACCGCUGGUAACGGCAAUGAAUGAUGAUCCAGGGUCCACCAGUAGUAAAGAUACAAAAAUGAUAACUUUCUCUGACCAACAUGCAUCUACGGAUGACUCUGAAACUAUUAACACUCUCAUCACAUCAAAUGUUCCUGACACUGAAACUGUUUUCUCAUUUAGUAUAACAUUGUCAAAAUUCCUUCCACUCCAUGAUAGACAAACAACAAUGUCGAUGGGUACAAGAUUCAAGAGAAACGGAUUGAGAAUGCUCACUUCGGUCAUCCGAGAGCUAUCAGUAGUGUUAUAUAAGUUCAAGAAACUAAAACUUUCUGGAUUCACCUCUUAUCAAAUGGAAGCGAAUAUCAAUGAUUUGAUCAAUGAAAUGAUGCAGUUCUCCAAUUGCACAUCUAGAAAGGAUCCAUGUGCGUACAGUGAAUUUGGAAAACCACAGUCAUCUAAAGAUGUCUCCAUUUUAUUGACAAGUAUUGCUACAAGUCUUCUAUGUGAAGCAGAUGUGGAAGAAAACAGAGUGCUGGGAUCUCUUAAAACUAUAACCGCCUAUAUUCCAAGACUAGGAAGUAAAGAUUUCAACGAGGACCUUAGUGACAUCAUAGACGUGGAAAGCACAGGGGAUAAGAAAUACCUCCUAGUUUCGUUUAUGUAUCAAGUUUCACGAGACUGCUCCAGCUAUCGCAGUAGCUUCAAAAAUAUGACAAGAUCAUUUGGGAAAUUGCAUAAAUAUUUCUAUCAACUGGAUGAAUCGAAUGUGAAGGAUGGAAGAACUUCUGCAGCAAUUGCUUUUAUGGCAACCAAUGCGACUGCCGAGUUAAUGAGGAGUGAUCUACUUUCGAAAAUAAAUAAAGAACAUCCUCCUUACUGGAAGUGUAGUGGAUACGAAACGAAUCGAAUCGACAAAUUGAAAAGAAACAACGAGUCGUUCAGGCGGAGACGAGAGAGUUGUCAAGUUAUGGUUAACAGUUUCGCUUUAUCCGCUAUUGUGACAGCAUAUGCUGAAGGAACGGAGAUUGAUUGGGAUCGAUUGGCUGAUUGGAUUUCAGAGCAGCAGAGUAGUGAUGGGUCAUAUGGAAGCCCUCUCACAACACUUGUUGCGACUAGAUCUUUGUACGAAAAACGGCGAAGAUCAGUGGAAAUUGCAUUCAAUGAUCAUUUAGAAGUGACAAUUCGAUGCAAAGGAUGUCCCGAGAAAAAAGUUAAUGUCACCGAGAGUCCUAUUGAAAUUCACAUUCCAACCAACAUUCAUUACGUAACUCUGAUAACAAAAGGGCACGGAAAAGCUGUUGUUGCUGCUAGAAUUGUUGCAACAAAACGACCGAGACCAAAGAGAGGCCUCACACAAGACGACUACUAUCCAGUACAUUUAUCAAUUGACCAGAAAGUCCAAGACAAUUUUGUUCAUCAGACAGUCUGCUUUAAUGUAACUAAUCCAACAAUCAAAACAUUGGAUAUGUUCCAUGGAACUUAUACGUUAUUCUCGGCUACUCCAGAUCAGCUUUACUUUUUAAAUGAAACAUACACACCUAUCAACCCUACAUCAUCAGCGCUUGGUCUCCAUUUCAUUCUAACUAAUAUCAGGGCAAACGAAACAAUAUGUUAUAAAGUGGCACUUAGUGAAUCGAAAGGAGGAAAAAACAUUCCUUAUAAGUCUGCACCUGUUCCUAUUCGUGCAACUCAUCCUGUACAAGGACUAGUCGGAAUGUUGCUCAUCGCUCAUCCAGAUGUCCCAAGGUCAGAUGUAGUUGUACGCAGAAGACGUCAUCAUCACACGAGGACAAGAUUUGUGAGACGAAUCAUUGAUGAAUCGGCUGUCGAUACUGUCUGUUAUGAUGGUGGUGAAUGUUCUUGUGCCGAGACGACAUGUGAUGUGAAAUGCAAUAAAUGUCAUUUGGAUGAUUCAAAAGAUUUACGAAAUUUGUUGUCGACUCCUGGCUUUUUCGGUGUCCGCUUCGAACUCACUUCAAUAAGCUCCUCUUUGAUGAAUGGAGCUAACUACACAAUAUACGAUGGUCUGGUUAAAGAUAGCAACGGUAUUGGCGCUGGAGCAUUUGAAUUGUCAAAGAAAGUAAGGGUGUGGCUUCGAUCAUGUAAUGUUGGUUGCACACCGGGAGAGAAAACCUUGAAACGAGAUUACUACGUUCUGGGUCAUGAAGAUGGUCUUAAUUCUGAUUCCUAUGGAAGACAAAACUACAUUCUCAACCACUUGGACCGAUUCGAAGAGAGUUCGUACGCUUGUCAAAGUUUGAACUCAGCAAUCACAAUUAGAUACUGA